UUGUCGUCGGUUCUGAGCGUAUUCGCUAAAUUUCUCUCGCUGUGUUCAAGCGAGAGAAUUACGACUGUCGACUUAUGCGAGGAGCGUCGCUUUCGCGCAUUUCAAUUUACGUUGUCUUCAGAAGCUUCACCGCGAAAUGGACAACCGAUUUCGUUUUAGAGUAGCUUGGACAUUUGUGGCUUUAAUUUGUGUCACAACGUGGGUAUGCUUGACAGCAGUUUUGUACAUCUCGCAUGAAAAAUUUCGUUUACAAAAUUAUUAUUUCUACGAAAGAGAAUUUAGUAAAAAUGAGGCAGAUGUUGGAAUUAAAUAUCGCCACAUUCCGCCCAAAAAAGAAAACAUUUUGCCCAAGGACGAAGAUUUGUUUGAAUCUCGAAGUCUCUCUGGAUUUCCUAGUAUCAGUUAUUCAGAUUAUCCAGAUGACAUCAUAGCUCUUCAUGACGUAUUUAUUAGCGUUAAAACAAGUGAGAAAUUUCACUCCACGCGAUUGGAUCUUAUUCUUCGUACUUGGUGGAACACAGCAAAAGAACAAAUAUACAUAUUUACUGAUGUGGAUGACAAUCAACUGAAAAACAGAACAGACGGUCAUAUCAUCAAUACUAAAUGUAGGAGAACUCAUCACAGGCAAGAUCUCAGCUGUAAGAUAGGACAAGAAUACGAUGCAUUUAUUGAAAGCGGGAAAAAGUGGUGGUGCCAUUUUGACGACGACAAUUACGUCAACGUGGAUGCGCUGCUACGUUCCUUACGUAAUUACAACUGGAAAUCAGACGUUUACCUCGGAAAACCGAGUAUUAAUCACGUGGUAGAGGCAAUAUAUAAAGGGAAUAAAGUGCAUUUCUGGUUUGCAACUGGAGGAGCUGGAGUUUGUAUUUCAAGGAGUCUCGGGGAAAAGAUGAAUUCAUGGAGCAGGCACGGCAAAUUUCAAGCAACUUCCGAGCGUUUGAAGUUGCCAGACGAUUGCACACUCGGCUUCAUAAUAAACAAUCGUCUCGGGGUUGAACUAACAAAGGUUGAUGAAUUUCACUCUCAUCUGGAACAACUGUCACUAAUUCAGCAAGAUAAACUAUCUCAGCAGGUUUCCCUCAGCUAUUUCAUUGACGAGGAUAAAGGUUCAAAUGUUAUCGAGCUUGAUAAAAAGAUCUCCGCAUAUUCUAUAGAAGACGAUCCAACUCGUUUCUUGUCCCUACACUGCCUAAUAAAUCCUAAAGUUGAUUGGUGUUCAAAAAAGAAAGCAAUGCAACGAAACCAAGUCAACGUUUGAUGACGUUAUUUUCAACAAGCAUACUACAUAGUGGUUAUUAUUGAAUAUUUCUUUAGUUAGAGGUAUUCAUAUAAAUUUUCACUGGGAGGAUCGGGGUUUUGGAAAGUUUUGUUUGGCUGUAUAUUGGCAGUAUUUGUCUACUUUCAUAAAUUGAGAUUUCAAACUUGGUUAUCAUUCUAGCCAGUUAAAUGUGCAAUGAAUUUGCGUACAGUCCAUACUAUUUUACACCUUUACGCACUACACAUUUUUGCGUAUAAUUAUGUAAAACCAAUACGACAACCUAUCUAUUCUAUGCAAAUUUAAGCCAUAUAUCUUAUUGACUUGCAUGCCAAGAAAAACACAUGAAAGUCGGGAGGUAGCUUGGUUCUUUAGUUCGAUAUUGUCUUGUUAACACUGUGAUUUUGAUUUGUUUCAACUAAUAUUGAAUUUUAGUGAAACCAUACAAUACUUUUUGAUGUGUAUCGUUUUAAUUUCUGUUUUUAACACUUGCCAUUUUUUUUA